UUGAAAUCGAUUAUUGUUACAUCACAGUGGCCUCUUAUUGAGUCAGCUUGUUUACAUUUUGUCCGGCCUAACAGGGGCUACAGCGAAAAGUUUCCAAGCGCGAAGCAGAGAUUUGUCAAGUGAUUCAAACCUGGCAUAAUCAUGGACACCCAGAAUGUUAAAUCUCUGACACACAACAAAGCAAAUCCAUUUCAUGGUUCUCUACAUUGGAGUAUGACUGAUAAAAUUAGGUUAUUUACAAUUGGCCUAAUCCUGUUGCCCAUAAGGGCAGCAGCAAUGCUCAUAAUCUUUAUGUUUGGUGGUUUGGUCGGUUUCCUUUCAAAUUUUGGAACAAACAAUGAAGUGGAGCCUGAGCCAUACCAAGGCUACCGAAGGACUGGCCAAAGAAUAAUUUCAAAGCUAGGACGAGCAAUAACAUUUGUGAUGGGAUUUCAUCACAUAAAAACGAAAGGGAAGUUAGCGAGCUCUAAAGAAGCUCCCGUGGUUGUAAUUGCUCCACACUCGCACUUCAUGGACGGGCCAAUAACGGCUGGCCUUGGGAGCCUGACGUUCAUGUCCAGAAAGGAGAAUGACCUUGUGCCAAUAAUUGGACAGGCUGUACGAGCGCUGCAGCCAAUUUAUGUGAAGCGUGAAAAGCGCUCGUCAAAGGACGACACUGUCAAAGAAAUUCGAAGGAGAGCUCAGGCAGUUGGGGCAUGGCCGCCCAUCUGUGUAUUUCCAGAAGGGACAUGCACCAAUGGAGAAUGUCUUAUCACUUUCAAAACAGGGGCAUUUUCUGCUGGAGUGCCUGUCCAGCCAGUUCUUUACAGAUACCAAGAGGAUUUUUAUUUAAAAUGCGGCUCUUGGACGUGGAUUUCACCACCAACGUGGAAAUUGCUGGUGUCAUUGCUUACUCGGAUUAACAAUGUUGUUGAAAUAGAGUAUCUGCCUGUUUAUAAACCAAAUGAAGAGGAACGUGCAAAUGCAAUACUUUAUGCAAAUAAUGUUAGAAAAGUAAUGGCAAGCGCCCUUGGAGUGCCCACAUUCGAUCAUAGUUUUGAAGAUUGCCGCUUAAUGUUGGAGGCACAUUCAAAAGGCUUGCCAAUGGAAGCUGGUUUGGUAGAGUACAGCAAAAUCAGUCUAGAUUUAGGGUUGAAUACAGACAGAUUAAAGGAGCUACUUGGACAUUUUGCAAAUAUAGAUAUAAAUAAGGAUGGCUUGGUAACAUUUGACGAAUUUUCAGUGUAUUUAUGCAGUGUGGAUAAGGAAACAGCAAGGUCAAUAUUCAAAAAAAUCGACAAGGGUCAGCGUGGUUUCAUAGAUUUCAAAACAUUUGUGUAUGGUGUGACAAAAGAAGAAUUCCCAGAAUUUAAUUUUAGUGAAUUUAGUAGAAAUUCACAUGUAAAAUAGUAAUUUUCAACUCACCUUUUUUAAUUUGAAUGUAACGUUUAUCGUAAAAUAAUAGACAAUGAUUUGGCAUCAUAUUUUUAAACACAGUAAGAUUAGUUUGUUGCAAAAUCAUGUAAGCUAGAAUAUCAAUUUUAUUAUCCCUUUAAUAUUACUUGUCGUUUUUAUACGAAAAUUACUUCUUUUAUUUGUAAUUCUUUUUUUCCCCUGUAAACUGAAAAUUAAAGUAUUAAAACAUUUAGAACAUUCGAGUUUCAAAUCACCCAAACAGCUUGUUUUCUUUCACAAGAUCGUAUAUGACUUGGUUGCUGUACCCAGGGACUCCAUAUUGCAAUUCAACCAGCGGAAACAACGCACUUCAAACUCGAAAUGUGUCAAAAUAAUGCGCUGCAAUAUAAACAUCUAUAAGAAUUCGUUUGUACCAAGAACCAUUAGUGAUUGGAACUAUCUGCCUGACCCAUUGGUUCUACACUAGAGCAAUGAGGACUUUAAAGCUGCAUUGACAAAUUUUCUGAAAGUAGUCUAAAGCCUGAUUUCUGCUGGGCGGACUAUUCAUGUGAAGCGACUGUUCUCUAGCUAAAUGCAUGUGAACACAAAGUGACGCCUAUUAGCAAAUGUUUCAUCAACUCCACCGGCAUGUGCUGGCUUCAUCAUUAAGCUGUAAAUCUAAUUUCCUGAAAAUCAAACUUCUUGCCAGUGGCCAAACUUCAUUUUGCAGCAAAGUUUGUAAUUAUGCUCAUGCUGAAGGUCGAGACAGCUUCGCAUGAAUAGAGGCGUUCAGUGGAAAUCCGGAAUCAACAAUAGACCCUGAGCGUAUGUACUCAUAAGUAACAUAAAGAAACAGAAACAGAACCAUCCAAAAAACAAGAACCUUUUUCAAAAGAUAAGUGUGUAUGGAAGAAAUAGUCUAGCAAUGGCUGUUUAGUUGAAAAUUCAGGUUAUAUGAUGGAUGUUCUGCUGUAUUAAAGAUGACAAUUUUCACUUUUUGAUAGCUGCAGAGAAAGAUAUUUGAAGACGUCUUUGAAAAUUGACUUCUUCAUUGAAAAAUUUAGCUUUAAUUUGCGUAGUGAAAGUCAUUAUCUUUUUU